AUGUUCAGAUUAUCUGAUAAUAAAUUCUCUGAUUCUGAUUUACCUUCACUUAUUCCAAUCUUUACUGGUAGACAAAAUGGGAUAGCUAUAACCAGGUCCUUUAAAGACUACUAUUUGAGUCAUAUAUCAGAUAAAACAGAUCUUAUUUCUGCAAUUGUGAAUUAUCUCAGAGAGAAUUCUCCAACACGAAUGCAUAAAGCAAAAAUAAGUUUUGAAUAUUCUCCCAAAACCUGUGUCUGCUAUGCUAAAAUUGUAAUUGAUGAUAUGAGUAUCUCAUUAAUUGAAAAAAAAAAUAAUAAAGCCAGCUUUAGUAAAAAUAACUUAUCUCAUUCUGAAACAGAAAUCAAUAAACCUGAUCUUAAUUUAGAAAAGUUUAUAGAUAUGUUUAAGAAAUUAUUUAUAGAGACUAAUUUAUCCAGUUCUGAUUUAGAAUCUACAGGUUUAGACUGGUAUAAUCUUGAUCUAAAAAAACCCGAAAGAAAUGCAUCUAUAUUACAAAGAAAAAGGUUAUCUCUCCUAGUCGAAAACAUCAUAGAAAUAAGCCAAUUAGAACUAA